GUCAAAAGAGGAAGUUGCGAAGCAGACCCUAACCUGCAGCUAGCUAUAGGCUACAGCCGCCCUGAGCUUUGAAAGGGGGAAUAACAGGAACAAGCGCGUAUUGUAUUACUUAGUGUUAUUACAAAUUUAUCAGAUAUAUAACCUAAAUAUGCAUAUUCACCCACUUUGAAAUUAGACAAGCUGUCGUGACCAACAGACGCAGAAUCAUGCCUACGGUUGACACCUAGCUAACGAAAAAUAUGCCUUCCUCCUUCUAGAAAAGCUAUCUGGUUAGCCAUCCGCUGCAACGUUAGCAACCGGGUAAUUUAUCGUCGAAAUGGCUGACACUCAACGCUAGGUAAUGCUUCACAUUUAACCGAUGCCGGAGAAGUCAGUGUUGGGUCGAUUCUGAACGAAAACAAGAUCAGAUAGUCAACAUAACGGUAAAUGCAAUUGGCCUUAAACGACAAUGCAGCUAACUUAUCACUCUGAGAUGGCUGAAUCAGUGUUGAUCCUAUUUAUUUGGUAAUCGAGGAUACGUUUUAUUUGAAGAAGGCAUAAUUAAUUGUCUUAGUGUCAUAUCAAAUUCAGAUACAACAGCCUCUAUGCAGAAUAUUGAACUAAUCAGUCGAGCAAACCAUGAAGAACACACUUUGCGGUUACGUUAGCCAGCAACCCCUUAGCUAACGUUAGCUACAGAUUUGACUAGCAAGACAACUAAUGUUGGCUUCUUACGGUAAUUAAUCAGCGACUAACUACACUGAGGAAAGCCCCUGAGCCAACUGAAUAUGGCUUCUGAGGAGGCAUCGCUACGCGCGUUGGAGAACCUGAUGACAGAGUUCUUUCACAGCUGCACAACAAAUGAGCGGAAAAGGGAAAUAGAAGAGCUGCUGAAUAACUUUGCACAGCAGACAGGAGCAUGGCGCCACUGCUUGUUCUUCCUUUCAAAUACUCGGAAUGAGUAUGUAAUGAUGUACAGCCUCACAGUAUUUGAAAACUUGGUCAACAAAAUGUGGAUUGGUGUAGCUUCACAAGACAAGAUGGAGAUUCGCAGCUGCCUGCCCAAACUCCUGCUCGCUCAGCACAAAUCUGUGCCCUACUUCAUUCGCAACAAACUUUGCAAAGUCAUUGUUGACAUUGGUCGCCAGGACUGGCCGAUGUUCUACCACGAUUUCUUUACAAACACCCUUCAGCUGAUCCAGACCCCAGCUCUGGCACCACUGGGGUUGGUGAUGUUGAAAACCACAUCAGAGGAACUUGCAUGUCCUAGAGAAGAUCUCAGUGUUGCCAGGAAAGAUGAGCUACGCAAACUGCUGCUGGAUCAGGUGCCCACAGUGCUUGGACUGUUGACGGGUAUCCUAGAGACCUACUGGGACAAGCACAGUGUUAUAGCUUCUACCCCGCCUCCCUCACCCACCUCAGGGGAAAGUGUGGAAUUGCUGGGCAGUCUGUUUCAGGGCAGCCAAUAUUCAAAGCUGCUUUGUCAGCCCAUGGCAGCACUGGACAAUGAGAGUCAUCAGCUCUGUUGUCUCGUUUUGGAGUGUUUGGCUCACCUGUUCAGCUGGAUCCCCCUGUCGACAAGUAUUACACCCACCCUGCUGGCAUCUAUUUUCCAUUUCGCACGUUUUGGUUGCGAUCUACGGACAAAAACCAAGACAAGUUCCUUUAUCUCCACCUCCUCUAAUGGACAGCUUAAUCCUGGGACAGUGCCACCAACAUCAAAUGGAGACGGGCGAAAUGGACAGCAGAGUGAGAGUAAUAAGGUGGAUCGCGCUCGGCUUGGCGUGCUUGCCAUGACCUGUGUCAAUGAACUGGUGUCAAAGAACUGUGUGCCAAUGGAUUUUGAGGAGUAUCUGCUGCGAAUGUUCCAACAGACCUUCUUUCUUCUGCAAAGGCUGACACGAGAGAACAAUGCUCAUACAGUCAAGAGCCGCUUACAGGAGCUUGAUGAGAGUUACCUGGAAAAGUUCACAGAUUUUCUGCGCCUGUUUGUCAGUGUUCACUUAAGGAGGAUUGAGUCAAGUCCUCAGUUCCCUAUUGUAGAGUUUCUUGCCCUCCUUUUCAAGUACACCUUCAACCAGCCUACUCAUGAGGGAUACUUUGCCUGUUUGGACAUAUGGAGUGUAUUUUUGGAUUUUCUAACAACCAAAAUCAAAAGCAGACUUGCAGACAGAGAAAGUGUCCUUAAUAGGUACAAAGAUGCCUUAGUUCUUUUGUUUAGGGAAGUUCUGAAUCGCAUACAGUUCAGAUACAACCAGGCCCAGCUGGAAGAGCUGGAUGAUGAGACGCUGGAUGAUGAUCAACAGACUGAGUGGCAAAGGUACCUACGUCAGAGUCUGGAGGUGGUUGCCAAGGUGAUGGAGCUGCUCCCAUCACAUGCAUUUUCCACUCUGUUUCCAGUCCUGCAAGAAAAUCUGGAUGUAUACCUGGGUUUGCAGCAGUUUAUUGUCACCACUGGUUCAAGUCGAAGGCUUAACAUCACAGCGGAGAAUGACUGUCGUCGACUUCACUGCUCACUCAGGGACCUCAGCUCACUGCUUCAAGCCGUUGGGCGCUUGGCUGAGCAUUUUAUAGGAGAGGUCUUUGCUGCACGUUUCACAGAUGCACUCGCUGUGGUGGAGAGACUCGUUGAAGUAACUUGCUACGGCUCGCAGACAAGCCUUUAUGACUUGGAGACAGCUGUGCCUUCUGUGCUCAAGCCUGACCUCAUUGACGUGCAUGCACAGGCCCUGGCUGCUUUGCAGGCCUAUUCACACUGGCUCACACAGUGCUACAGUGAAGUCCAUAGUCAAAACCAAAGGCAGUUCAUCAAUCUCAUCACCUCAGCUGUCAAUGCUAGCAGCCCGCUCAUCACAACUAAGGUACCGGAAAAGUUGCUGCUGUCAGCUUGCCAUCUGAUGGUUUCCAUAACAUCUACAGUGAGGCCAGUUUUUAUGGUCUCUUUGCCAGCUGUUCAGAACAUCUUUAACCUGAUUACUACGGAGAAUCAGACCCACACACUUCCCCAAGAGGCUCGUCUGCUGGUGUGUAGAGCUUUAUCCAACAUGCUGCUACUCCCAUGGCCAAACCUACCAGAGACUGAGCAGCAGUGGCAAACACGCUCCAGCAGCCAUGCCAACCUUCUGGCAGCUCUCACUAGGCAAUAUCGUAUUUUACGAGGGACAGUAAACAUCACUUCACGGCAGCCUGGUCUGGAUAACAUGAAAGCAGUGAUCCAACAGACCCUGCCUGUGCUCCGAGACAUAGUGGACAGCAUCUCAAGUGAAUCCACCAAAUCACGACAGAUUUGUUACCAGAGUCUUCAGGAGUCUGUCCAAGUUUCUCUAAACCUUUUCCCAGUGUUUAUUCAGCAGCCAGAUGUUACUGAUGAGAUGCUGGCCUUCUUCUUGACACUGUUUCAAGCACUGCGAGUCCAGAUGGGUGUUGCGUUCACAGGACAGAUUAUCCACACUUUUCUCAGCAUGUUCACCAGGGAACAGCUGGCAGCCAGUAUUUUACAAGAGGGUAGUGCUGGCUGCAGAGUGGUGCAGAAGUUCCUGAAAAUCCUGCAGGUGGUGGUGCAAGAACCUGGUCAAGCUUUCAAGCCCUUCCUGCCCAGCAUCCUGUCUCUGUGCAUGGAGCAGGUCUACCCAGUUGUAGCAGAGCGGUCUUCUCCAGACGUAAAGGCAGAGAUGUUUGAGUUGCUAUACCAAAUACUUCACCAGAACUGGAGGUACUUCUUUAAAACUUCAGUCUUAACAAGUGUCCAAAGAGGAGCUGAAGACACCAUGGAAAACGAGGCCCAGUUCACAGCUGCAAUGCAGGCUUUUGGUCAGUCAUUCCUACAGCCUGACAUCCACAUCUUCAAGCAGAAUCUCUUAUAUUUGGAGUCACUCAACAGCAAGCACAAGUUGUAUCACAGAAAACUUUUCCGGACCUCGAUGCUUUUCCAUUUCAUCAACGUGCUGCUUCAGGUCCUCCUUCACAAAAGUCAUGACCUUCUUCAAGAGGAAAUUACCCUGGCCAUUUACAACAUGGCCUCUGUUGACUUUGAUGCCUUUUACUCAGUUUUCAUGCCAGAGUUUCUCAACGGUUGUCAAGGUGUGGACACCAGCCAAAGAGCUGUUCUUGCACGUAACUUCAAGCUUGAACAGGAUUUGCCUUCGUUCACUCAAAGCGUGCAGCGGCUGGUGAAUGACCUGCGCUACUACAGACUGUGCAACAGUAGCUUGCCCACCGGCACCAUCAAGCUAUAGUACAGUGACUGCUUGAACCACUCCACACAAUGAUCUUCAAGGACUGCUUGUGCUGACCACUUUGCCCAACACUCCUCCAGUUCAGCUUUGCUCUGCUCAUUCAAAAUACCCAGACGGAGCAACAUAUGUUGGUUGAGUAAAAGGAGGUUGAGGAUGCUGCUGAUGAUUUUCUUUGAUUUCUACUGUAAAAGGCUGGCACAGUGUUAUAAAUUUUUAUUCUUUAAAUAGUGCCCACCUUAUGUAUUGCCAAUGAUAAUUUGGCGUGAAAUAUAUGUACCUGGUCUGCAGUUGGAAUUCGCCCAGACCCGGAGCAGUCUGAGCCAGGCCUUCCCUCCCACACCGCUGCAACACAGCUGGGCUGGGACUGAGCACUUUUAACUCAUUUUGAGUUUUUUUUUUUUUUUUUUUUUUUUUUUUUUUUUUUUUUUUGGUCUGCUUUUAUCAUUUUUGCCUUUUUCAUCUCCAAAGGAGACAGACUCUCAACUUAAGAUCUUUCAUAUCAUUCCAUUCUGAAAAAUGAGAAAACUUGCUUAAUAAAGUGCUUUUUUGUAGUAAAA